AUGUCGCAUAUCCGUGGACAAAGAAAAACAAAAAAAAUGGAGAAACCUAGACGCGAAUAUAGGGGGAAAAUACCCCAUUCAACAUUGGAGAAGGUCAGUAAGCUGAUUCUGCCUGACCUGGCUCACAGAUUUCUGUUUGGACCAACAUCUGAUUUCUUCUUGGCCAGACUUUUAAUAGGAGCUGCAUUUGGAGCCAUCUGUGGGAUUGGUUUGUUUUUUGGACUCCUUUAUAACAUUUCACUGACCCCCUUUCACAAAGUUAUAACUGGAUAUGUUUUUAUAGCACUGUGUGCUCUAAGUGGAAUGCUGUCUUCAUAUUUUCGUUGCUCAGUUCUUCUGAUGUUUCCCAGCAUUCUUGGCUCUCGUGGACAGGCUUAUGUAAUGUUAUUCAUAAUACAGUGUCUCUAUCAAGGUCCAAUCUCAAAUAUUCAACAUAAUGUCCAGGAUGUGGCCUUUUCUAUGGGCUGCAAUAUAGACCUGCAAAUCGGGCACAGUAAGAUAAUGUGGAGAACGGUUACUGAACCAUUUCUUCAGGUGUUAGAGGAGAUUGUGGCUGACAGUGUACAACUUCAGCAAGAGGCACAGAAUGUGAGUAGAGCAUUCCAAGGUAUAAAAAAUGAAGUCAUGGUUCAGUAUGGCUACGAUUCCCUUGAUCAGAAUCAUACAGCUACAGGCAACAGCACACAGGAGCAGUACACUGAAAAGACCAGGAUGCGCUGUGAAUAUGUGGUAAAGAAGGGCAUUGAUCGCUGCGUCGAGUGGUUCAGUGAUACAUGGAUGAAGUGCAUGGACACAGUUAAAUCCCCUGUCAUCAGCCAUUUCCUUUGUGUGCCUAUGAAGUUUGAUUUUCUCUGUAAUAUUAUGAGAGUAAUGACUCCAUGGUGUAAGGAUCAGAUCCCAGUGGAGGGAAACUUUGGACAAACUUUUGACAAACUCAGUUCCUCCAUCAGUAAACUUGGGGAACAGUUUACCACCAAUGUUUUCCUCAAGAAAAUUGAGGAUCAACCCUUGUUUGGAGUCAAAGUUUUUCAGGAUGAAUUUCGCAAGGAGCUGACUAGGUCAUUUGAAGAGAAAAGAAACACUGUUGAGCAAAUAUUAGAGAUCAUACAGAUUCUGCUCACUUUCACAUUUAUAGCUGUUUUCAAAUCGGCUUUUGGAUAUGCAAGACAAUACACCAGAGAUAUCUACUUUGACAAUGUCUACAUUACAACCUACUUUAGACAGAUUGAUGAGCGGAGAAAGAGAGGGGGUAAGAGGUAUCUGCUACCCUUGAAGAAAGCAGAAAAGAGCAUUUUCAUUGAGCCCUGCAGCUUCAAAAUCCAUUCCAGUGAGCUACAACUUGUGAAAGCAAGCCUGCUCCAGUUUGUAUCUCUGGCUCUGCUUGUAUGUCUUCUGCUGGUCACUGAUAGAGUCCUUUACCACAUUUUUGACAUCAUCCGUAGGCAUACCUUUACAGAACAAUCUUUCACAAGUAGCCAUGACAUACAUAUUGACAUUAAAGGAGAAUCCAUGUUAGCUAAGCUUCUGCGUAAAACUAUCGGUGCCUUCAACACCUCUUCUAACAUAGACCUGCAGUCCAGUAACUGGCAGUGUCUCCCACAGCCUCGUGCCCUGAGUCAGGCUGACUACCUGUGGAGUACCCUCCCAGUGGGAAUUAUGGGCCUCAUGUGCUGCCUGCAGGUUUAUAUAAACCGCCUACGCAGGGUCAUCACCUCCUUCUACUUCCCCAAGAGAGAGAAGAAACGGAUUCUUUUCCUCUAUAACCUCCAGAACCAGAGGCACAUUACUUUUGUCAAACGGUUGAGCAAACAGCUCAGGCGUCAACGAAAAGAACCAAAAACGGUGUUGUCUGUGCUGCUGGCUCCACUGGAACGAUUGGGUUGGGGUGUGUGUUGGUGUUGGGUGUGUACAGAGUGUAUGAGGAACCAGCGGGCUGUGCAUUGUUUGGUUGCUGGCUGUAAUGUGAUCUACUGUGCACAGUGCUGGAGGGAUUUGGGGAGCAGCUGUAUUUGUUCCUUCCCCAAUGAUAGGGAACUUCAAGAAAGUGAUUCUGACACAGAUACUGUUUACUAUGUUCAUUAA